AUGGAAGCUAGAAGGCAUUGGGAUGACAAAGUUACUGAAAAAGCAAAAAAAUCUGUCAACCAAGAACUGUUGGUUUAUAAACCAAUAAAAGAAGUAAAAUUGGAAAAUUUUAAAAAUGUGUGGACCCUCAUCUGCACUGUCUCCUAUAACCUUCUGGCUGACACAUAUGUCCAGACUGAGUUCUCACAGAUGGUCCUGUACCUGUACUGUGCCCCUUACACCCUGGAACUCAACUACUGCCAGAAGCUUAUCCAAAAGGAACUCACGGGCUACAAUGCUGACCUCGUCUGUUUGCAGGAAGUUGACCGCAAUGUGUUUACAGACAGCUUGGUGCAGGCCUUCAAGGCCUUUGGGCUGGAGGGGGUGUUUCAAAUCAAGCAGCACGAAGGCCUCGCUACUUUUUACCAAAAGUCCAAGUUCAACCUCCUUAGCCAGCAUGACAUUGCUUUCCAUGAGGCCCUGCAGUCUGACCCACUUCACAAAGAACUGCUAGAGAAACUGGUUUUGUACCCAUCAGCACAGAAGAAGGUGCUUCAGAGAUCUUCUGUCCUUCAGGUUUCUGUUCUUCAGUCUACAAAGGACUCCUCUAAAAACAUAUGUGUUGCUAAUACCCAUCUCUACUGGCAGCCCAAAGGUGGGUACAUUCGUCUCAUUCAAAUGGCAGUAGCCUUGGCUCAUGUUAGACAUGUCUCUUGUAUUUUGUAUCCUGGCAUACCAGUUAUAUUUUGUGGGGACUUUAAUAGUACCCCAUUAACAGAAAUGUAUCACUUUGUCAUCAAUGGCAACAUUCCAGAGGAUCAUGAAGCCUGGGCUUCCAAUGGGGAAGAAGAACCAAGCAACAUGUUUCUUACCCAUUUCUUCAAAAUGAAAAGUGCUUGUAGUGAACCUGCUUACACAAAUUAUGUUGGUGGUUUUCACGGAUAUCUGGAUUACAUUUUCAUUGACUUAAAAGCUUUAGAGGUUGAACAAGUGAUUCCAUUACCAAGUCAUGAAGAAAUCACCACCCACCAGGCCUUACCUAGUGUUUCCCAUCCUUCUGAUCAUACAGUACUUGUGUGUGAAUUAAAAUGGAAACAGCCUUGUGUUUAA